GGUGGAGUUGAUGACAUGACAAAGUUGUCUUAUUUGCAUGAACCUGGAGUCUUGGAGAAUUUGAAGAUUAGAUAUGAGCUUAAUGAAAUCUAUACUUAUACUGGAAACAUCCUUAUUGCCAUUAACCCCUUCCAAAGAUUGCCCCAUAUUUAUGAUGCUCACAUGAUGCAACAAUACAAGGGUGCGCCUUUCGGGGAGCUCAGUCCUCAUGUAUUUGCAGUUGCUGAUGUUGCAUACAGGGCGAUGAUUAACGAGGGAAAAAGCAAUUCGAUCCUUGUCAGCGGUGAAAGUGGCGCGGGUAAAACUGAGACCACCAAAAUGCUUAUGAGGUACCUGGCCUUUCUUGGUGGCCGGGCUGUUACAGAAGGAAGAACAGUAGAACAACAAGUUCUUGAAUCAAAUCCAGUACUUGAAGCAUUUGGCAAUGCUAAAACUGUUAGAAAUAACAAUUCUAGUCGUUUUGGUAAAUUUGUUGAGAUCCAAUUUGAUAAGCAAGGAAGAAUCUCAGGAGCAGCAAUCAGAACUUACCUUUUAGAACGGUCACGUGUUUGUCAAAUUUCCGAUCCUGAGCGCAACUACCACUGUUUUUACCUUCUUUGUGCUGCACCACAAGAGGAAAUUGAAAAAUACAAGUUGGGGAAUCCUAAAUCAUUUCACUAUCUUAACCAAUCAAAUUGCUAUGAGCUGGUUGGUGUAAAUGAUGCUCAUGACUACCUUGCCACUAGGAGAGCAAUGGACAUUGUCGGAAUCAGUGCCAAAGAGCAGGAAGCAAUUUUUAGAGUUGUUGCAGCAAUUCUACACAUUGGGAACAUCAAAUUCACAAAGGGAAAGGAGAUCGAUUCGUCAGUUCCGAAAGAUGAUAAAGCCAAGUUCCAUCUGAAAAUGACUGCAGAGCUUCUCAUGUGUGAUGCUGAUGCUUUGGAAGAUGCAUUGUGUAAGCGUGUGAUGAUCACCCCCGAAGAAGUCAUAAAACGAACCCUUGAUCCCGAAAGUGCAGCAGUUAGCCGAGACGGUUUGGCUAAGACAAUAUAUUCCAGAUUGUUUGACUGGUUGGUGGAUAAAAUCAACUUCUCAAUCGGUCAAGAUGCUAACUCAAAAUCUCUCAUUGGGGUCCUCGACAUCUACGGUUUUGAAAGCUUUAAGACUAACAGUUUUGAGCAGUUCUGCAUUAAUUUCACAAAUGAGAAACUGCAGCAACAUUUCAAUCAGCACGUCUUCAAAAUGGAACAAGAAGAGUACACCAAAGAGGAGAUUGAUUGGAGCUACAUUGAAUUUGUUGAUAAUCAAGAUGUAUUGGAUCUUAUCGAAAAGAAACCUGGUGGAAUAGUCGCACUUCUUGAUGAAGCUUGCAUGUUUCCAAAGUCAACACAUGAAACCUUUGCAAACAAGCUUUAUCAAACAUUCAAAAAUCACAAACGCUUUAUAAAGCCAAAACUUUCUCGGACGGAUUUCACUAUAUCCCAUUAUGCUGGAGAGGUCCUUUAUCAAUCUGACCAAUUUUUGGACAAAAACAAGGACUAUGUGGUUCCUGAGCAUCAAGAUUUGUUGAGUGUUUCGAAAUGUUCUUUUGUAGCAGGCCUUUUCCCUCCACUCAAAGAAGAGACAACUAAAUCAUCCAAGUUUUCUUCAAUCGGUUCUCGAUUUAAGCUGCAACUCCAGCAACUAAUGGAGACAUUGAAUUCCACAGAACCUUAUUAUAUCAGAUGUGUAAAGCCAAACAACCUUCUAAAACCUGCCAUAUUUGAGAAUGUCAAUAUUAUGCAACAAUUGCGAUGUGGUGGUGUCCUGGAGGCAAUCAGAAUCAGCUGUGCUGGAUAUCCAACUCGCAGACCGUUCUUCGAAUUCAUUAACCGGUUCGGGCUCCUCGCGCCUGAAGCCUUGGAAGGCCACUAUGAUGAAAAAGUUGCUUGCAAAAAGAUUUUGGAAAAGAAGGGGCUUAAAGGGUUUCAGAUAGGUAAAACAAAGGUAUUUUUAAGAGCUGGUCAGAUGGCAGAAUUAGAUGCAAGAAGAGCAGAGGUACUAAGUAAUGCAGCAAAAACAAUCCAGCGACGUGUGCGAACACAUCAGGCUCAGAAGCAGUUCAUUGCAUUGCGAAAGGCCACCAUUUCUGUACAAUCACUAUGGAGAGGAAGACUGGCCUGCAAGCUUUUUGAGAACUUGAAGAGAGAGGCUGCAGCUGUGAAAAUUCAGAAGCACACGCGCAAAUACCAUGCGAGAAAAGCAUACAAGAGUCUCCAUGUCUCGGUGCUUGUCUUUCAAACAGGUUUAAGAGCAAUGGCUGCUAGAAACCAAUUUAGAUUCAGGAAGAAGACUAAAGCCGCCAUAAUCAUUCAGGCUCGGUGGCGUUGUCAUAAAGCCGCUUCAUAUUAUAAGAAGCUCAAGAAGGGCUCAGUUGUAGCGCAAUGCAGAUGGAGGGGAAGAAUUGCAAGAAGGGAACUCAGAAAGCUCAAAAUGGCUGCUAGGGAAACCGGUGCACUUAAGGAAGCAAAGGAUAAGCUGGAAAAACGAGCGGAGGAACUUAUUUGGCGUCUACAAUUAGAGAAGCGUUUAAGAACUGACCUAGAGGAAGCUAAAGCACAGGAGGUUACGAAAUUGCAGAAUUCCUUACAAGAAAUGCAGAACAAAGUUGAUGAAACAAAUGCAUUACUUGUCAAGGAAAGAGAAGCUGCAAAGAAGGCCAUUGAAGAAGCGCCUCCGGUUAUUAAAGAAACCCAAGUUCUUGUUGAAGAUACUCAAAAGAUUGAUUCUUUAAAGGCAGAAGUGGAGGGCCUACAAGACUUGUUGAAGACCGAAAAGGAAAGAGCUGACAAUUACGAAAGAAAAUACAAUGAGUCUCGAGAAUCUAGCGAACAAGGAUGUAAAAAGUUGGAAGAAACAGAGAAGAAAGUUCAACAGCUUCAGGAAUCACUGACCAGGCUAGAAGAGAAGCUUUCCAAUUUGGAAUCAGAAAACCAAGUUCUACGCCAACAAGCUGUGUCAAUGGCACCAAACAAGUUCUUAUCGGGGCGUUCGAGAUCAAUUCUUCAGAGAGGUGGAGAAAGCGGUCAUCUCAACGUGGAUGUGAAGCCACCUUUGGACCUUCAUAGCCCUUCAAUGGUCCAAAGGGAGUCUUCUGAAGUAGAAGAUAAGCCUCAGAAAUCACUCAAUGAAAAACAACAGGAGAAUCAGGAGUUGCUCAUUAGAUGUGUAGCGCAACACCUCGGUUUCGCAGCCAACAGACCAAUUGCUGCUUGCAUCAUAUACAAAUGCCUUUUGCAGUGGAGAUCUUUUGAAGUGGAGAGAACUAGUGUCUUUGACAGGAUCAUCCAAACCAUAGGCCAUGCUAUUGAGACUCAGGAUAACAAUGACGUUUUGGCCUAUUGGUUAUCCAAUGCCUCUACACUUCUCUUGCUUCUGCAACGAACCUUGAAAGCGAGUGGUGCUGCAGGAAUGACUCCACAACGACGCCGUUCCUCGUCGGCCACAUUGUUCGGAAGAAUGACUCAAAGUUUCCGCGGCACUCCACAAGGAGUCAAUCUUUCCUUGAUCAACGGUGGCAUGAAUGGCGGAGUUGACACCUUACGCCAAGUUGAAGCCAAGUACCCAGCUCUACUUUUCAAACAGCAGCUCACAGCUUACGUAGAAAAGAUUUAUGGCAUGAUCCGAGAUAACUUAAAGAAAGAAAUUUCUCCUUUGCUUGGCUUGUGCAUCCAGGCACCAAGAACAUCGAGAGCAAGCUUGGUUAAGGGAUCAUCAAAAUCAGUUGCCAACACCGAGGCGCAACGAGCUCUGAUAGCUCACUGGCAAGGGAUUGUCAAGAGCCUAGGGAGCUUCUUAAACACAUUAAAAUCAAAUCACGUACCUCCAUUCUUGGUCCGUAAAGUGUUCACACAAAUAUUUUCUUUCAUCAACGUUCAACUAUUCAACAGUCUUCUAUUAAGAAGAGAAUGUUGUUCGUUUAGUAAUGGUGAAUAUGUUAAAGCUGGAUUAGCUGAACUUGAACAUUGGUGUUACAAGGCAACCGAUGAGUACGCAGGUUCAUCUUGGGAGGAGCUCAAGCACAUUAGGCAGGCAAUUGGGUUCCUGGUCAUACACCAAAAACCCAAGAAAACAUUAGAUGAGAUAAGCCAUGAUUUGUGCCCGGUUCUUAGCAUACAACAGCUGUACCGGAUCAGUACAAUGUACUGGGAUGACAAAUACGGCACGCAUAGUGUGUCAACGGAUGUUAUUUCCAAUAUGAGGGUUCUAAUGACGGAAGAUUCCAAUAAUGCCGUCAGUAAUUCUUUCCUGUUAGACGACGAUUCCAGUAUUCCAUUUUCAGUUGACGACUUGUCAAAAUCGAUGGAGCAAAUAGACAUCGCUGACAUUGAACCACCGCCACUUAUCCGCGAGAACACGGGGUUCAGUUUCUUGUUGCCUCGUUCAGAUUGAUUUCUAUUGCUUAGAAUUUCAAAUAGUAGGGUUUACAUUGGAGAAAAAAACCUCC